AUGGCUACUGUGGAAGAUGAACAAUUCGAGCAGAAGGCCUACUCGUACCCCACUUUUACCGCCGCAUUCCAACGACAGCAGACGUACGAAAACAUGUUGUGUGCUUCAGAAAUUCAAGUUGAAAUAUACACAUCUCCAGUUCAACUCAUCUAUGCAUGCUUUCAAACUAUUCUAUUUCUGGCAACAAUCAUCGGAUCCCUAUUAGCAAUAAUUGAACUUUCGAAGAAAACAACGAUUCCAGAUUCAACGAGAGUUCUUUUAGUGGGAAGUUUGUUCUUUGCCAAUGCCCAUGAACUCGCGUAUUUCAGUUCUCCAUUAAAAGUAUUUCAAAUGAGUCUAUUUCAUUCGAAUUCUUCGUGUUAUCCAUUAGCAAGUACAUUAGAAUGUAUUCCAACAACAACUGUUCUUUCUAUGGGAAUUUCUGGAAAUAUGUUGAUUCAAUCUGCACUGAGCGUUGAUCGAUGUCGAUUCGAUGUUCAGCAGAGAUACUUGACAUCUGAAACACUGAAGACAACACAAACUAUUUGUUAUCUUUCAAUCGCUCAGUUCUUAGCAAUGUUUUUGUAUUCUGGAGGAGUACUUCUGAUGCGGAAAAAUCAGAAAAACAUUCCACCUAUAGUAUAUACCAAUGUGAUUGUUUGGGUUUACGCUCCUCCGUACGCUUGUGUUUCUCUCGCUCCUCUUAUUUUGUACUCACUUUGGAAUCUGAAGAAACAACGUCAAAUCCGAAUUCAAUCGAUUACAGUUCAGAAAGAAACUCAAGAUGAUCAUAUGCGAAAACUUCAAAUUUCUUGGGGAUGA